UUAAAUUCACCGAAUCAAACCGACCCGAUUAACCCGACCCGAUUAACCCGACCCGAAUUCACAUUUUCUUCCAUCGCAACAGAUCGAACCCGCUAACCGCACUUAUAAAUUCUCAUGCCUUUCUCUCUCUUUCUCACUUUUCAAUCUUGCUACUAAUCAGAUGAAACUAGGGUUUUAAUUUGCAGUUGCGGUUAUGUUAAGGCUAUGCGAGCUGAUGAGGGCCAACAAUGGCCUAUGUGGUCUGCAAUCACAGACUGAGAUGCUGUGGCCAGCUGGCAGCACCACAUUAUGUGGGUAUGGAGGAGAAUAUGGAAUUUGUUCAUAUUGCGGAUGUUCCUGAUACUCCGGAUAGAUCAAAUGCUGGGAACAAUGAUGUUCCUGAUACUCCGGAUAGAUCAAAUGCUGGGAACAAUGAUCGAAAAUGCGUUGGUAAUCUUGAGAAGAGGGAGAAGGGUUUUCCUGUUACUGAUGAAAUAAGUAACUGCAGCAACUAUAUAAUAUUGUCCCCAGAUAAACCUUAUCCUUCUCAGAAGGGUCCCAUCUUUAGGAGAGCUCAAACUGAGAAAGUUUUUGGACUUGGGACAUCACGCUCUAGUGGAGCUGAAAAGAUGGAGAAAGGGAAAACUAUAAGCUCUAAGAUUCCUUCUAUGUCAUCUCACCAUGGGCAUAUUUCUGUUUUUGAUUUGACUGAAGAGAGUGGACAGUUCCAACAACCAAAAUCAGCUUUCUCACAUUGUGGAUCGAGAGAUAACACAAUUGAAGACAAGAAAGAAUUGAAAGCAAGUAUUGGGAGUUCUUCAACCUCGGGUAGACCUCAUCCUUCUCAAAAUGCUCCCAUCUUUAGGAGAGCUCAAACUGAGAAAGUUUUUGGAUUUGGGACAUCACACUCCAAAGUUGAAAAGAUGGAGAAAGGGAAAACUGUAAGCUCUAAGAUUCCUCCUAAGUCAUCUCACGGGCGUAUUCCUGUUUUAGAUUUGACUGAAGAGAGUGGAAAGUUCCAACAACCAAAACCAGCUCUCUCACAUUGUGGAUCAAGAGAUAACAUGAUUGAAGACAAGAAAGAAUUGAAAGCAAGUAUUGGGAAUUCUACGUUACCAUUAAUCACCGAUUCUUCUAAUACAUCAAGAGAUGCCUUCACUGGAAAGUGUAAAUUAGAUGACAAAACACUUCCAGGUCCUAAUAUAUUUAUGGACCGUGGCAAGAGUAUUUCUCUGUUUAAUGAUUCACAAUCUCAAUCGAAAGCUGAAAAACAUGUUUCUUUGCCUUCUCGUCUCUCCACUGCUCCAAUAGGUAGAGGGCACAAGAGAUUGGUAAGAAAUGGGUGCAUUUCACCUCAAAAUAUUGCAACUAGGGCAAAACAAUCAGCUGAACAGAGCAGCCUUCAAACCAAUAAUGUGGCACAGAUCCGUGCUGGGCAUUCAGUUUCUAGCAAUACAACAUCUCAAAUUAGUGUUGGUGAUAUAGUUGCUGAAGAGAGAGGUAGUGGUAGAGUGAAAGGAAAGGGAGUACUUGUUCAUCCUUCAUCCCAUGGAACUAAUGCUGGAGCUAUUCACACUGAUAGCAGCCCUGCGAUCAAUUAUGAAGAGGCCAGUGGUACCAGUAAUAAUUCAAGAAAUUCAUUUGAAAACUGGGAGAGACAAGGUGGUUGGAGAAAUUAUAAUGUUGGAAGAUUUAUUAACAGGCAGAAUAUAAACAGACCGGACAGAAGUUACACUGAGAGCAGUCAAAGUGGCCACGGUGUUCCUGGUUCUCUAUCUCAUCAUACACCUCAACCAGCCUCACUGAUUAAUCCAGAGGUAGGUCAGUCAACUACACCUCAUCCUACUGCUGACUCACUGACCAAAAGGCAAAGGAAACGUGAAUCAUCUUCUAGAAAUUCUAGUGAAGCAUCUCAUAGUUCUAAAACUAUAAUUGGAAAUUCAUCUGGGGAAGCAUCAUGUUCAUCAUGGAACCGUGUCUUGGAUCCUGAAUUAGAUGAGUUGUUUACCAUACCAAGUUUCACUAAUGGACUUAAUGAAGGUUUAAAUGACAUUGGCAACAAUAGUUCGGAUGCUCGGGCAAGGCAAUUAGAAGCAGAUGAGAUAUUGGCACGUGAACUCCAAGAACAACUGUAUCAUGAUUUUGAAGGCAGUGGGAUGGAUGAACAUUUAGCUUGGCAGCUGCAGCAUGCAGGGGAUCUUCUGCAUACAUCAAUUGAUAGUCACGAGAUACCUCAUCCUGCACGGAUUCCAAGGGAAAAUAGACAGCCUCGUUCACGACCUCAUCAAGAUCCUUCAAAUAGGAGGAGAACUGUGCCUCAAGUUCCUCAUACUAAUAGAAUUUCACAGUUGAGGAGUCGCAUGACAACUCGGUCGUCAAGACCUGCCAUAUCAUCUAGAGGAAGGCGCCCUCGGUUUCCUCUAGAUAUGGACCUAGACAUGAGACUUGAUAUAUUGGAAGCAUUAGAGGAUGCAGUAGGGGAUUUUAAUGAUAUGGGAAUGGCUGAUGACAUCCUUAAUGCUCAUCGUGAUUUCAAUGAAGAUGACUAUGAAAUGUUAUUGGCCCUUGACGAUCACAAUCACCAGCAUACUGGUGCAUCUGUCAAUCAAAUCAAUAGCUUGCCACAGUCCACCAUCCAGACUGACAACUUCAUAGAGGAUUGUGCCAUAUGUCUUGAGACCCCAGCCAAGGGAGAAAUUAUUCGCCACCUUCCUUGUUUGCAUAAAUUUCACAAAGACUGUAUUGAUCCUUGGCUUGGUAGGAAGAAGUCGUGCCCGGUGUGCAAGUCAUCUAUCACCUAACUAUGCUUGGGAUUUAAAUAGUUCAUUUAUCAUGCUGGGGUGAGUUAUCUCAGCGGUCUCAUUUUAUCUUUCAAGGUAAAGAAAAGCAUGAACAAUUUGUUUCUGCUUUGAAGUUGUAAUUGUAAUAAGGACAUACUUCCUUUUUACAGUGUACUAUCUUGUCUUUAGAUAUCAAAAGGUGAAUAGAAAGGCAUAGAAAAAUCUGCAAGUUGAUAACUCUAUUGGUGCUGAUGAUCUACUGUUAUUGUCUUUUGAACUAUGGUUAGUUCUGGGAUUGCAUAUCAAGAUAACUGUUCUGAAUUGAAUGGAUUGUGCAUAUCAAGAUAACUGUUCUGAACUGCAAAUUCCAAGGCUGUAUUGUUUCCAAGUCAGAAGUGUUACAACUUGACGGAAACACAAGGUGACAAAUAUUAUGGGAUUGAAAAUUAAUUUCCAUGUGGUAAUGUUAAAGAUGUAUUAUUUGGCACUGGCAUGAGCGUAGUUUUUUUCCUUCUUUUGAUUGUAUGCCAAGAGCUUGCUUACAUGAUCUUCAGUGAGGCCAGGUGAAAGUUUCAUGAACCAAUAAUUGGCAUUUGGAUGUGUAAAAACCCCUUGAAAGCAAAGAAAAAUGUAGGUCGGUUAAACUCCAUAGCAAUUUCCUCUUGUAAAAUGAAAAUAUAUUUUUGCUUUUA